AUUUAAACAAUUUUUUAUUCUUAAUUUUGUCUAAAAUGGAAAUAAUAUGUCAAUAUUAAAUUUAAAAAGAUGGGAGCAAAAUCAAAUAAUGCAGAUCAAUUAUUGGACUCUCAACCAUCGCAAAAUUUACCAAAUAACACAUCAUUAUUAUCAACAAAUAAGCUACAGGAUCAUUUGAAAACGUUUGGAUCUCCAGACAGUAUUGAUAGUGGAAUUAAUAUGGAAACUUGUAAUAGUUGCAUUCCUUAUCUUCAAACAUUUAAAAAUGAUAGUGGAGAUAUUAUUAAAUCAAUAUAUAACCAAAACUUAGAAAAUAAUACCAAAAAUUUAGUAGAUUCCAAUCAUAAUUCUGACAUUAGCAUAGAAACAGAAAAUAACAUAAAUUUUGUGCCUUCAUAUAAUUCAUAUUCAAAUAUUCAGGAUAAGGAAUGCAUCAAGGACAAUAUAAUUGAAAGAAUCAAUGUUAAAGAAAUUUUAUCCAACAAUAUUAGUCUCAUUGAGAUGAAUAAUUCUAUACAUCAAGACAUGAAAAGCAAUGAAAUUCAAACUAUAUUACCCGAAGGAUGGAAAAGACAUGAAGACAUUGAUGGACUUUAUUAUUGGCACAUAAAAAGUGGCACCAUACAAAGGGAAAUGCCCAGCACAUCUUGCCAUACUAGCUCAUUAUCCCCAGUUACGAGUGAUUUAAACCCUUUCAGGCAAGAUUUAACAGAUCCUACCGAGGGAUCUGUAGAGAUAAAUUUCAACGCCUUCAAAAAUAAGUUGGCUCGCCACUCUCUAAAUUUGACCGAUUAUUUUCCUCACAGGGAUUUCGCAAAAUAUCAAGCAGUUCCGGUACCAGCACUUUCGACGCCUCUGGUAUUCCAUGUUAAAUCACUGGGCUGGUGCGAGAUAAACGAAGCCGAUUUAACGCCCGAAAGGUCAAGCAAGGCUGUCAACAAAUGCAUCAUGGAUUUAUCCUAUGGAAGGAACUCGCUUGAAACCAUAGGAAAAUGGGGAGAGGGUCAAAGUCUUUUGCUCGAAAUCGAUUCGUACAAUUUGAGUCUCAAAGCAAGGUCCGGUAAGUUGAUAACUAUCCAACCUAUUCAUUCCAUAAAAGUGUGGGGCGUCGGAAAAGAAAAUGGAAAAGAUUUCGCCUACGUAGUCAAAGGCAUGGUGCAUUCCCCUUUUUCUAACGCAGGUUCUAGCCUCGACUCGCCACUUGAUUCAAUUACUAGGGACCGUUCUUUAAAUGAAAUCUCUACUGUAAGGGGUUAUAGCGGUAGAUGCCCGCAUCGCAUCUUACCUCAUACUGCACCCUCUUACUUAUGCUACGUUUUUCGGUGCGAACCUUCGGCAUACAGCAUCGCCGGUACGCUCAAACGGGCCUGCAAGAGACUCAUGAUUGAACGGAGUAGCUCACUAAUCCGAUCCCCAUAUCAGGUCGGAACAAUUAGCAGCUUUAGCGAGGCUUAUACUGGGGGUUUGAACAAGUCACUUUCUUUUAGCGGUGACGGCCCCAUUUAUCCGGGCGGUUUUAGGCGACCUCAGAAUCUCUCUCUGACCCUGCCUCGCGUCUCUCAGAUAUCACCCAUCGACGUGGGUUUCUUGGAUCCGAUGAAUUGCUUCCCGACACCCAUUGAAGAGCCAUUUCGUGUGAUAAAGGCUUUGUACAUCGGAGAGAUCAAAGUUUCUAAACCUUCUGGUGUUGAGGUUCUCAACGAGGCCAUAGAAACUCUGUAUAAUAAUGUUCCCCGAUCAUCCUGGACGUCAGUUUGCGUGAAAAUCUCCCCUUCUUGUAUUACCAUACUAAAACAAGAUUCUCCCCCUGGUGCCGAACCCCUGACAAGUUGCCGUGUCCGUUAUCUGUCGUUUCUGGGGAUUGCCCAAGCCGAUGCAUGUAACUGUGGUUUUAUUAUGAGUACAUUACUCCCUCCCCACCCCUCUUCUCAUGAUCUCACUCGUGGAGAUCAUGAUAUAGACUAUGUCACACAAGUGCCAGAAGAUGACAUAACAGAUGAAGUAGUGAGCGGAGCCUAUCUCUGCCAGGUACUUAGAUGCGAGCCUACCGCCGCCGCUUUGUGUAAGACAAUUGAAGCUGCGUGUCGCCUUCGUUACCAAAAAUGCCUCGACUCUGCCCGUCAUCGCCUGACAUACACUGGCAGUUCGACCUCACCUCUUACUUCAUCCACUGCUACAUUUGCAGGGUUGUCUGAGGGAUGGAUAGGACUGGAAGGAGAUAAUGGAGGAUCCACAUUAGGAGUUAAGUCUUGUUAUUAUCGUCUUGCACUCCCCACCUUCUACACACUUUCUUCUCCAAACAAACGUCGCGCUUGCCUUCUGCAGGCUCCCUUCGUACCACUACACCUAGCGUGAACCCAUUUCGCCAGUCAUUGACCACAACUCUGAAAUCAAUGUGGAAUUCGAUAACCUGGAAACACCCAAGCUUCACUCCUAAAAUAACUUCACCAUUUUCCCCACGUGAUUUGUUAUUAUGAUGUUUAAUUUUUUUUAAAUCAUACAUAAGUUAUAAUAAUAUGCCAUUAUAAUGUAAUAUAUCGAAUAACAAAAUUGUAAUGCCAUCAAUAUAUGUAUUUUUUUUAAAUCUAAUAAUAACUAUACUAUUAGAACCCUUUUAACAGAAAAAUUGAUAAAUGAGGAAAAUGAACACUCAUGAAUUAUGGCAAUAUUUUAUUCGUUUAAAUAUUUUAUAUCUUUCUUUUAAAAGGCCUCUUAUUUUUAACAAACCUUUAUAAAUCGCGUUUGUAUUUAUGUUAAAUGGGCUUUUAAAUGUAAAAUUAG